AUGGACAUCGCCCUCGUCCAGGACUUGAGCGACCUCGCGCCGCGUCUCCAGGACGGCCACAACAAUGAGGCCGGCCUCAAGGAGGCGACGGACCUCCUGUCCAAGAUUGAUGCGAGGCUCAAGGAGCAGCCACAACUCGUCACCCGGCUCGGCGCGACGCCGCUCCCGGCGAUCCUCGCCCGCCUCCUCCGUGCUCGCCCUCACCCGCAAGACGCCGAUGAGAGCACGCUCGACGCCUUCUUCCCCAUGAUCCGCAUGAACGCGCUUGUCGCCUCGCGCUUGUCCCUCGACAAUCCCUCGAACGUCACGAAGCUGAACGAUGCACACUGGCCCAAGAUCGCGCUCGGCAUCAUCACCAACGCUAAGCACCUGCCUGAGGAGAACUGGAAGAAGGAGGUCGUGGGGAUGUACUCGCCCCUGAUCAGCGGUCUUGGCACGCUCAUGACGAGCAAGGACGCUGAUGCCAUUAUAGUCUCGCUGGCAACGGAGGAGAACUACAAGGACCUCCUCAAGCUCGCCUCUACGGCAUACACGCCAGGCGACUGGAUGCCCGAUGCCGACUACGCUAGGGUGCGCGGUACGAUUGUGGGAUGCCUGUGGGAGAUCCUCUGCGCUCUGUCAAAGCACCCCGACUUCAGCCUGAGCCCGGGUAUGAUCGAGGAGAUGCUUCCCGAGCUCAAGUUCUGGACGACGACCUCCGACUAUCCCGCGCCGGGUAAUCUGAAGGAGCUCACGAAGGAGCAGCGCCUGCAGAACCUGCUUCCCGAGAUCACGAUUCUGCACUCGGUCUCGCGCGUGCUGUACAACUUCACGGUGCACGGCAAGGUGGACUGGACCGGGCUCGCGGGGUCCGAUACCGACCUCAAGGCCAUGGUCGAGUUCCUCGAGAAGCCUGGACCGCCGGCGUGGAUCCCGCAAGAGGAGUGGGACCCGAGCACGAAGGAGGGUGUCGACAAGGUCGUGGCUAUGGCACAGACGAAUGUUGGCCAGACGCUGCUCCUGACGAUCGGGCACGUGCCGGACGCUUCUGUUCCAGCGUGGCUCAAGGAGAGGACUGAGGCGUGGCUCGACGACCCGUCCAUGACGCACCAGGGACUGUCAGCACUGGCGAAUACGAUCCACGACGGCGACGCGGCGAUCAAGGUUCUGCAGCAGCGCGACCUGCUCCCUCGCCUGCUGAAGCUCAUGACGCCAGAGCAGUCGGUGCAGAACCAGCACGCGCUCCUCGGUCUCCUGCGCAACCUCUCGAUCCCGAAGGAGAACAUCCCGAAACUCGGCAAGCCUGUCCUCGACGGCGUUGUUGCCAUGAAGCCCUGGGCGCAGUCGAAGGACCAGGUCGAGCAGCUGCAGCGCAACGCGGUGCUGACCGUCUCGCACCUCGUGACGGACCCGGAGCUCUCCGCCGAGCUGCUGACGAACGAGCAGGCGCUGAUCGAGCUCAUGAUGCUCCUUGCGCGCACGCGCAACGGUACGCUGAAGGCGCAGGUCGUUGACCUGCUCGCUACAGCCAUCAAUGCGCUCCCCGCCUGGCCCGAGGCGAAGAACGCAUGGCGCAUCCUCGGCUCCGACGACGGUAUCUGGGUCUGCCUCAUCCUCGGCAUCGACGACGGACGGCAGGUCCCCGUCCUCCUGAAGAACUCGAUGAAGGCGUUCCUGCACGGCCUAACGUGUGAUGGAGGCAACAGGACGGGUGACGACGGAGAGCCAGAGGGCGUCAGGGUGCAGCUUGAGCGCGCCUUCGCUCGAAAGCUGGGCAACACCGGCGCCACGGGUGUCGACUCUGUCGCGAGGCUCAUCGCGCCCCCGGACGACGUGUACAAGAUUCCAGAGGAGGUGCAGAACGAUGCGGUCAAGUUCGUCAAGGAGCUCGGAGAUAAGAGGAUGACGGACGCGGUCGAGAAGGCCGUCGCGCGGAAUAAGAAGGAGGGGCGGCCGGUCGCGGCAGCGUGGAGUGCGUGA